AGUUAGAAGAGAUGAAGAAGAAGGAAAAAAAUGGUUGGUGAUGAUGUUUGGCAUGGGUCCCCCCACGCAUUGAAUGCACAUUGUUUCUGCAUUAUUAUCUCUUUUUCUCAUUGGAGAAAAUCUCUUUCUUGUCUAGUCUCUUCCCAAACCUAUGAUCAAUUCAGCAUUCUCUUCCUUCCACCUGUCAACAUCUAAAUCUAUCUUUCCCAAACUCUUCUUGUCUUUUUUCCCAUUACUGUUCUCUCUGUAUCUCUCUGACAUCAUAAUUCAUAAUAAUAAUUCACUAUCUCAAGUCUCAACUCUCAACAACAUCACCACCUGAUUGUAUAGAUAGAGAGAGACAGACUGUUUUUGAAGUGUGAAACUGUUUACUGUAAAGGACAAUCAUGCAGGAGGUUGAAGCCACCACCGCUUCUCCGCCUCCACCCCGCCGUGUUCUUCUUAUAUCUGCUGGUGGUAGCCACUCUGUUGCUCUUAUCUCUGGAAAUGUUGUUUGCUCGUGGGGUAGAGGAGAGGAUGGACAAUUAGGUCAUGGUGAUACUGAUGAUAGACUUUUGCCUACUCAACUCAGUGCAUUGGAUGCUCAACAAAUUGUAUCUGUUGUUUGUGGAGCGGAUCAUACCCUUGCUUAUUCAGAGUCAAAAGUGGAAGUAUAUAGUUGGGGAUGGGGUGACUUUGGACGGCUGGGUCAUGGUAAUUCUAGUGAUUUGUUCAUUCCUCAGCCUAUUAGAGCAUUACAAGGAUUAAGGAUAAAGCAAAUUGCUUGCGGUGAUAGCCACUGUUUGGCAGUUACCAUGGAAGGCGAAGUUCAGAGUUGGGGGCGGAAUCAAAAUGGUCAACUUGGACUUGGCACCACAGAGGACUCCCUUGUGCCACAAAAGAUUCAAACAUUCCAGGGAGUACCUAUCAAAAUGGUUGCUGCUGGUGCUGAACAUAGUGUGGCCAUCACUGAAAAUGGAGAGCUGUACGGAUGGGGUUGGGGACGAUAUGGAAACUUGGGAUUGGGAGAUAGAAAUGAUCGAUGUAUUCCAGAGAAAGUUUCUGUUGAUUUGCAGUGUGACAAGAUGGUCUUGGUUGCUUGUGGAUGGCGGCAUACAAUAUCUGUUUCAUCGUCUGGUGAACUAUACACAUAUGGAUGGAGCAAAUAUGGCCAACUGGGACAUGGAGAUUGUAAGGAUCAUCUUGUGCCUCACAAGCUUCAAGCCUUUAGUGAUAAGUUAAUUUGUCAGGUAUCAGGUGGUUGGAGGCAUACUAUGGCACUCACAACCGGUGGACAGCUUUAUGGAUGGGGCUGGAAUAAGUUUGGACAAGUUGGAGUUGGUGACAAUGUUGAUCGCUGCUCUCCUGUGCAAGUGAAAUUUCCCCAUGAUCAGAAAGUAGCUCAAAUCUCAUGUGGUUGGAGACACACAAUUGCUGUUACUGAAAAAGACAAUGUAUAUUCUUGGGGAAGAGGCACGAAUGGGCAACUUGGAAUUGGGGACACCAUUGACUGGAAUUAUCCAAAGAUUAUCGAGGCUUUGAGUGUUGAUGGAUCUUGUGGGCAGCACAUAGAAUCUUCAAACACAGAUCAAUUAUCAGGAAAAACCUUGGCCUCCUUAGCUGAGAGAUAUGCAGUUGUACCAGAUGAAGCUGCGCCGGUGGCUAACUCAGGCAGUUUAGAUAGGCUGGACCUUAGUGUCCCAGAAAGCGAUGUCAAACGGAUUCGAGUUUGAUAUUACUACAAAAUCUCCAUUUGACAAGAAUGAUGCAUCCAAUCAAUGUCUCUGCCUCAUCAGUCCCAUGGGGAUGAGCUUCCACUUUUAUCAUUUUGGCUAUUAACAUAAUUAUUGUAAAGUAAAAUAUAUCCCACAUUAUGAGAAUAUUGCAUGUGGUGUCACUCUUCUAUAUAUAUAUUAUAUUAUUAAGCAGCAAAAAAUACAUUUAUGAUAUCCUAGUGUUAAAUUUUUAUUUCAAGCUGUAUUAUGAUUAUGCCUUGUGUUACAAGAAAAGAAAGUGGAGAAAAUAGGACUUGGCCAAAAAGUAGCUACCCAGAAUGCAGACAGAUAAACCAGUUGGGAGUUGAUGGCUGUUGUUUAAGUGUGGCAAUGCUUGAAUAGUUAAGUAUUGGCAAGACCUUGGAGUAAAGAUAGAUCGUUGAAUCAGCGAUAGUGUUGGAGUUUCAACUCCUCGUAUGAACCUGGUGUCUUCUUUGAUUUUAUACAAGCUUUGUCCAAAUUAGUCCUUUUUUGUUAGAUGAUCGUGUUGUAGUCUCAACUCCUCUUAUGAUGAAGUUGUAAUUUCUCUUUUUCGGACAUCUUCUAAUGUAUCCAUUAAUUUAUGCAA